AUGUCAGGACGUGGUGCUGUGCUGAGCCGACUUCUGCUAUCUGGGCUCUCAGCCUCGUUUGCAUAUCAUUCUGAAACCUGCGUGAAAACUAUACCGUUCGCCUCAUUUCUCACAAGAACACUGCAUGCUUCAGCAAUGAAUCAAGCUCCGCCGCCAGUUAUCAUCAAGCCCAAGAAGAAUCAUACUUCAACGGUGAUUUUUCUGCACGGUCUAGGAGAUUCAGGUGAUGGUUGGGCUGAUGUGUUCGCCCACGAAAUCCGCAAUGACAAUACGAAGUAUAUUUGUCCUAGUAGUGCAUCACGACCAGUGACACUGAAUAUGGGCAUGAGAAUGCCAGCUUGGUUCGAUUUAUUUGGGCUAGAUGCUAGUGCCUCGCGAGGAUUCAGAUGGAAUAGCCCAGGCUACGCGACUUGUUCAUGGGAUGAUCGAUGCAGAGGUAGCAUGGCAACUGGCAUUCCAUCGGAGAAAAUCAUACUAGGAGGUUUUUCAAUGGGAGGAGCACUGGCUCUCUACGCUGGUCUCACUUAUCCACACAAACUCGCUGGAAUUGUUGGCCUGAGUUCGUUCCUCAUUCAGAGGGACAAACUACCAGGGAAUCAUACAACUAACAAGGAGACGCCUAUUUUUCUGGGACACGGUGCAAAUGAUUUCCUUGUGCCUCUAACGUUUGGCCAACUAACAGAGAGACUUCUCAAGGCUUUCAACCCAAAUGUGCAACUACACGUGUACAAUGGUAUGGCGCAUAGCAGUAGUCCGGAGGAGCUACGUGAUCUAAAGAAGUUCAUCAAUGAGCGAAUUAACUAG